AUGGCCAGUGAGAGUUUGAAAGUGGUGGGCGAGACACAUUGCAAGGCAUGGCUGCAACAAGCUUUCGAACCCGAAAACGAGUCUUUGCCGUGCACCAAGUUCUUGAUGGAUGUCAAGGCCACGGUUCGGCGGUGCCUGCUGCAGCAGCCUAUUGAUUUCAAUGAAGAUAUGUCGUUGUUUUUGGAAGACGAUAAUUGGAGCGUGGAUGAGAAUGAAGACACAGUCGAACCCCUAGCUAACAACCCAUUUGACUUGGCCAACGCCAUAUCCCAAACCCUUUCUCGGCUUCAAGUCCCCUCCCACGCUCAUCAAGACAUGAUUGACACGAUCAUAUUGCCCGAAGCUUUUAAGGCCGCAAGGGAGCAUUGUGGGGCGCCCAAGGUUCUGCGUAUCGCGGUGCGCGUCGAUGUUUAUGUUGCUGAGAAGAAUUACAUGGAGGAGGGGUUUGGGGGCACGGAUGUUUUGGAGGUUGAGGAUGACGGUAGUGAUCAGCCUGCAUUUGUGCCUGCGAGUAGGGCGUUCAUUGAGAAGUUGGAGAAGGCUAGAGUCGAACUCUCGACAAUGUGUUCGAUUUGCAUGGAGGAUAUUGUAGUUGGUUCCGAGGCGAAUCGAAUGCCGUGUUCACAUUUUUACCAUGAGGGUUGCAUUGUGGAGUGGCUGCAGAAAAGUAGGUUUUGCCCGUUGUGCCGGUAUUCCCUGCCUGCUGAUCAUGAUUGA